GCGGCUGGUCACAAAUACCUAAAAAUAUCGUCGCCAUAUUGGUAUUGUCAAAAAGUUCGCGAUCCAUCGGUAUUUAGGAAAAAAUGAUUUUUCGUUUUUCUACGACCGAAUCGCCUGUGUUCUUGUGAUCAGACGUUAUCUAACGUGUUUUUAGAUGUUUCGUUUAUCGGAUCCGGUGCUCGAUUUGGUUCGUAAAUGAUGUUUUCUAUGGAGCAACGUUCAGGGCGCAGUAGGUCCGGGACAUCGGAGGAUUCUGAGAUGAACGUUGGCGGUGAAGUGGUCAGGGAAGGUGUGCCAUCGGAUGAGGUGUAUUCAGCAGUGGCGGCGGUCUCCGACGAGAUCGGGGACAUAUUAAAGGAUGAAUUGGGUGACGCCGAUCGGGCGGACAGGAUCGGUGCUGAAUUGGCAGACUUGAGUGCUGAGCUCGGUCUACUGGCCGGUUUAGCUGACGGAGAACCACAGCAGGACUUCCCAUCGCUCUUCGAAAUUGCUAUGGGUCACCGCAGCUCGGCCAGUGGUUCAUCAUCAUCGUCAUGGUCGGGGCGGCGAGGUGCCGGCAGGUCUAGGGCACCUCCGCGUCGCAGGCCCAUUGCUAAGGGCAAGGAGGCAUCACGUCUUCGUAGCGCAGUGGCUCGCCGUUCGACUUUUCGUAGUCGGCGUGGCCCGCCUUCGGACGCCUCUGAUGUGGGCGCUGACUCCGACUCUGAUGAUCAAUGGACCGAGAUGGAAGACGCAUCUGGUCUAUCGGAUACAUCGUCAGGCAAGGAGGCAGCUGUUGUUGCGGAGGUGGAUACCAACGAUUACCCAAAGGAACCGGCGGAAGCUCCAGCUUUGGGGCAGUUCCUCUUGCCCCUGCUGAGUAGUGGCCCAGCUCCGGAGCCGGAACACUUUCUCAUCAGGCAUGAAGACAUUCUGCAGCUGCUAGCCUCAGCGGAAGAGACUGUAAGGGAUGAUCAACCCCUAGAUGAUGAUGAAGAGGUCAUGGACUCACAACCUGACAUGCUGUCAAGCAGUGAUAUGUUCAUCUUUGAAGAGCCUCCUGUCACACCGGAGGAGGAAGCAGCGUUGCUUCAUUAUGUCUGCGAAGCGGAGCGUGUGAGUGAAGGUAGACAGGAGGAUGUUGGCAAGUUCAAAGCUCUUGAGGAGUGGCUGCUCGGUGUGUUCAGAUCCUGGUGUGAGAUCAGCGCUCUUAUGUAUACUCUCAUCGGAACGGAGAUGAGUGUGGAGACAGCACGUUCUGAAUGGUCGUAUCGUGCGAUGUUCGGGUGUCAUUGUCGGCAGUGCCUAUGUUUGGCUCACAACGCGGCCGCACUGCAUUGCUUCCUGCGCGGUCUUGUCUGGUCCUUGGCUCAUAGUGGUAAUACAUUUGCUGCAACGGGAAUAAUGCGCGCGCUGCGACUGCGCGCCGGCACACCCAGUCCACCAGCUGAGUGGGAUAUUGCUCGUCUGCAGAGGCUGCACUUUGGUGAUGAUGGUGCGGCCGUGGUUCAAGAACAGCUGAGCCGUCUAUGUGAGCAGAGUGACUUUAUGCAGAACAUCGUGCACAAAGUCUGUCUCUGUCGACAGUAUGAGAGACCAUUUGAAAAAGAAUUUGCUGUUGAAAGAUUCUGCAAAUUGUUGGAAAACUUCAAAGCCGCUUCGACCAUCACUUUCAAGGUGGAGAUAUCAGGUGAUGAGGAGUGGAUAGAGCGAGCCAGGCGUCGCCUCGCGCGCUUCCUCGCACCGCAGCAGCGCGCCAGCACCAGCGCACGACUCAGAGACAUGGCCGCCAGGACCAUGCCUGAAGACUUGACCGGAUGGGAGGGAUACCGACAUUGGUGUGAUUGUCUUAAUCCACGGACACUCGGCGCUCAGCAGAGACGACAAUUAUUAAGCGACCUAUACUAUAGGAUGUCGUUCCUGGGUAUGAUGCAGGCGGUCAACGAGUUUAACAGCAGCCAUCUGCAAGCUGAUGAUGUGGAGAAUAAGUUAGCAAGUGAUGGAGAACCUGAGUCUUCAGGCAGGGAGCUGCAGCAAGGAGACGGCACUGGAGCAAAGCCACCGGACAGCCAACCAGCAUCCCUCGAGAAGACAGGCAACCUGACAGAUUCAAACGAAACUAUAGAUUUGUCAGAUUUCCAGUCAGUGUCGACAUCGGGGUCGGACAGGUCGGGCAGGUCGGGCAGGUCGGGCUCCGGGUCCGGGUCCGGGUCCCGGUCGGGCUCCGCCUCGGGGUCGGGCUCCGGGUCCGGCGGCGGCAGCGGGCUGUGCGGCGCGGUGCGGCGUCUCGUGCGCUCCAUCGCCGGCAUCGAGCGACUCAUGGACAGAGUGCUCCGCCACUGCGCCGAGUGUCCCCCGCCCGCACACCAGCACAGGAAGCGUGUGGACCUCGGCUUGUCAGAAGUGGACAGGAAGCUGAUGUCGAUGUACCGUCGUCUGCCAGAAGUACAUCGCAGGCAGCUGCAGGUCUACCGCAGGCAGAAGAAACUAUCCACGGUGUGCACCCAGCUGGUGGGGGGUUGCGCCCCGGCGCCCCCGCCCCCCGGCAGCCCCCCGCCCGCGCCCCCGCACCAGCCCUGCCGCGCCCUCUGCCCGGAGUACCAUCUGCAGAGGUUCAAAGAGGUGAGACGCAAGGUGAUGCACAUGCGCGAUCAGCAGCUCUACUACCAUCGUCUGCGCAUGUGGCUGGAGGAUCAGCUGCGACAGGAGCGCGAGAGUCUUCCAGACAGCAAUGUGGCUCUCGUCGAAGAUCCGCCUCGUCGCAAACGUAGACCUGCAAGUCCUAAAGCACCAAGACUGAACACAGCACCUAAAAGGAAGUUCAAAUCUGGCAAUACCAUCAGCAAACCGCAGAAGAUACUCCAACUCCUCAAACAUAAAUUACCACAAACGGCCCAAGUUAUAGAAUUGGAUGAUUCGAAUGGUGAAGCUAAACCACCUGAAGCUUUCCCAUUAGACAAAGAUGUGAGUGACACAGAAACUGUUGUUGGUGAAAAGGAUGGUGAUAUGUGUAAAGAUAUAAAGGAAUGUCUAGCAAAAUUCGCUAAUUUUGCACUAAAUCAAGAUAAAGAUGUUAAAUAUACAGAAUCGAUCAGCCCACCGUUACAAGUGUCGCCGACUGCUGAAUCAUUGCCGGUGUAUUCACCGAAACCAAAUCAAAGAUUGUUGAAUGUUAAUAAAUUUCUUAAUAAAAAUGAUGAUGGCGAUGAGGAAAUUAUCGAAUUCCAAACAGAUGUAACUACAGAUGUUAUUAAUGUACCACUGAACGCGAGACGUACACCUUUGUUAGUGAAGGAGGAAAGUGAAACUGAUGUAACACAAGUCGAUAACACUGAUACAGUCGAUAAUAAAGACAAUGUUUACAAAUACGUGACAUUCGGUUUGGAAAUCAAAAAAGCUAUGGUCGAAUGUCAGAAUAUUAUAAACUCUUAUACCGUUAAAGAGAAAGACGAAGAGAAAGAUGCAAAAGUAAAAGAUGAAACCCAAGAAAGUCUAUCGUUGGAGCACAUUUGCGAAGUCAUGAUGAAUUUGGAUAAAAACGCGGAGCUAUUAGAGAAAAUCGAUUCCGAUGAAUCGGUAGAUUUGACAGUUGCUAAUACAAAAUUGGCAGAAUUAGUUGAAAAUAUGCCGCAAAUAUUGGCGAAUAUGCCUGAAAUUGCAUCAAAGUUGUCGGAAUUCGCGAACACUUCGUUCGAAUUGCCGGAAUUCGCGUCUAUAAUGAGUAGCAUACCCGAUGUUAACAAUGAAGCGCAAUUAUCACCGGAAACACUGAAACAGAUCCGUGAACUGAAAUUAAAUAAAACACGAGACAGUGUUAAAGUAACGAAGAAUACAGCGAAGCGUAAGAAGAAUAGACUUAAGAAUAACAUAGACAAUGACGUCACAGAUAAUAAAGAAGAUGAAAAAGAAGAGACAAAAGAUGAAAACAUGCAAAUUAUUAGAAAGAAUUGCAAGGAAGAUUUCAAAGAACUAUUAUUCUCUAUAUCAGCACAAGUCGUCAUCAACAAAGUGUUUGAAUAUAUGAAACAGAAUAAGAAUCCAGAAUUUAUAAAAUGUCUAGAAGAUGGUGAACUAGGCAAGAAUAUACUAGCACCGGAGAUGUAUAAAGAUUCCACUGUGUUUGACAACUCGGUGAAAGAAGCACUAAGCAUGGAAGAGUUAAGACAAUUAGUAAGAUCUAGAUUUAGAUCAUGGAAGCAAUAUAUAUCGACAAAAUUCAAAACAAUACCGAUGGAAUUGUUGGAGAACGAAAUAGAGACGAUGUUAAUGAAAUUCCAAUCGUAUAUAAAAGAUUUGGCAUCGAAACAAAAUGUCAACGAUAAAGAUAUAAUAAAAGAUAAAAUCGAUCAAUUGUAUAAAACACUACAAGAUAACGAUUCAGAUGAUGAAAGAUGUGCAGCAUCCAAACAAUCACUUAAACAUAUAACGAAGUCACUAUGCCCCCAAUCUGGUGAUACGUUCGAUCUUUUAAUUAUGAAAUUAUCCAAAAUGACCGAAGAUGAAAAGGCAACAGUGAAAAAUUUAAAAUUUAAAUAUACAGAUGUUGUUAAAAGAUGCAUCGAAUCGAAUCAAUUGAUCAAUUGGAUAUUACAAAAUCCAGAAUUGGCAGUUGGAGUUAUAACUGAAUAUACAGGAUUGGUAAUAAACAAACCGGAGACGGUACCAGAUUUCACAACAAUGAGCGUAGAAAACAAAAAGAAUUAUUUCGCAGAUCGUUUGAAACAUAUGAAUGGAAUAUUCAUGCAAUCUUUACCUAAGAAAACGUUCACAGGGGAUGAAUGGUUAGUCAUGUUGUACCGUAUGGAACAAUUGGAGGAAAAUCUACAAGAUAUAUUCUCGAAAAUACCACCAGCGAAACAUUCGCAAGCGAGUGAAGCUGAAAUACUCGUUGCUAAGGGAUUAAGUAAAAUUAUCAAUAAAGCUAAUGCUAAAACAAUUAAAAAAACAAACACGGACACACAAAAACCAGUUAAGAAAGAUGUGAAAGAAGAUAUAAAAGAUAUCCCAAAAGAUAAUGAAAAAGAUGAAAGAAAAGUUAAAAAUGACAUACUAUUAGCAAAAUGCGAAGCUAUACUUACAUCGAAAGGUGAAAAGACACUAUUGGAUAGCUUCUAUACAAUAAAAUCUUACAUAACUCAAGGCUUACCCGUACCCGAGACAUAUAAAAAACAUGUCAUAUCUAUAUGUUCAAGUAUCGAUGCGAAAUUACUAGACGAAGAAAUAGAAGAUAGCUUAAAAUUAAAAUCUGAUGAUGAUGAAAGUAAAGAGAAGACUCAGUUGUCAAUCGGCACUCAGAAUCCCGAGUUAUUAGCAAAAUAUUCAGCACAAGCGUUAAGGAAUGCUAAGCAAACAUUAAAUGCCGUCGCGUUUAGGAACAUGAUGAAGAAUGGUCAGAGUAAAUCUGACAGCGACACAUGUGACACACCUAAAAGUGAUUGCAAAUGGACAAACGAUUGUCUAUGCCCUAAUUGUAAAGAAUCUGACCAGUCUGCAUGUCUGGGUGGUGUCAAACAAUGCUAUGAUAUGGAUACGAAAUCAAAGAACGGUUUAGAAGAGAAAAAGAAGGAAAAACAGAAAUCAUUACCGAAAACAAAUAAACCACCUCCUAAAGUGUGUGAAAAUGCAUCUCAUCAUGUAUGCAAAGGUCACAACGCAGGGAUAGCAUGCCCGGGGGAAAACUCCCCUGAUCAACCUUGCUCGUGUUGCUACUGUACCGUGUUUGGACAUGCCCCUCCACUGACAACUCCUGUACCGAGAAACUUCAAUGAAACCAGGGAACGUUUGAGAUCAAUCCUUAAUAAGAAGAAACAGAAAUGUAAAACUACAAAUGGCGAGGUAACAGAGCCAGUGGUAGAGAAGAAGCAAGUGACAGUGCAGACGCAGACCACAGAGUCCCCGCAGCCACAGAAGCCUGCUAAGCCUCUCACACCACAACCCAAACCACCGGCUUUGCCCAAGACUUUACCACCGACUACUACGUCUGCCCCACUGCAGAGUGUACAGAUGCAGGGGGUGCAAGCUGGGCAGGGGGUUCAAGUUGGACAGGCGGUGCAAGCAGCACAGCAGGUCCAGGGGGUGACUGCCAAGAAGCAGGCGGAGGAUCGCCAGUUAGCCGACAAGAUGGCCAUGAUGUCGGUCUCUGAUAAGCCAGAUAAUAAACCCAAGGUUGUUCAACGCACUGUUCCCGCUCAAACUAAUACACCAUCAGGGUUGAAAGCUGAAGGCAAAGUCAAUCCAAAUGCUAUGGAACAAAUACGAUUGCAGCAACUGAAGCAACAACAACAAUUAUUAAACCACCAAAGGCAACAAUUAAAACAACACCAACAACAAUUGCAACAUAUAACCGAACAGAUGACGGAAAUACCUGCAGAAAAACCUGAACCUAUAUACGAUCUGCCGAUACAUAACAAACCGACGUUAACAUUGCAACAACAGGAGUUAAUCAGACAGCAACAACUGCAACAACGUCAAGGUAGACCGCAACAACGUGCGACAGUGUCACUAUCGAGCCGAGAUACCAGCGUAUUCUCUACCUCAUCAGGAUGUUCAGGUGGUUCGUUCUGGCGCUGCGGGCGUGCGGAGGACCCUCGUGAUCUUGACGCCCUGCUGCAGUACAUCGAGGGCCCUCAGCGUCACGUCGACAGGGGAAAGAAGAAAGCCAAGAAGCAACGUCAAAGGGCUAAGAAGAUGGAGUCCCGUCUUGUAGAACAACGUACGGCAUUAGCUGGACAGUUGUCGUAUGCGAAAAUGAUUGCAUCAACUCUUACCGAAGUAUUAGAUUCGGCGAAUAAACGCGCUCAGCAUGCUAAAGCUGCGCUUGCGCAUCACCGGGCUAAGAGGAAGGGAAAGAAGCAGAAGCUUGACCCAGCUGUGAUGGCGAAGGUGCAACUACUAACUGAGCAGUUGACUCAAAUCAAUACAUUCAUAUCUACUACCACUGAGGACUUGCAAGUGGCCGAGCGGCAAGUUGCAGAGGCGAGUCGUCGCCUGCAGCAGUGCGAGAGAGAGCUGCUUGAGGCGAGAGCGGUGCAAGGCAAGCCGGACAGACCGCUACAGGAGCUACCUGAGCAGCAGCUGGAUGUGCAGCUGAAGAACUUCCAGCGGCUAAAGGAAGUUGUUAGAGCGCUUGGUGGUGGUGAUGGUGGCGGAGUGGUGCGCGUACGCCGCGCUGGUGCCGGCGGUGUCACGCUCUCUGUUGACGGACGUGAUGAUGUCACGCUUGCGCAUUUGUUGCAAACAUCUAAUGAACAAGAUGAAGGUGAUAAACCCCGUGAAGAAACAACGCAGACGAAAGAUCAGCCGCAACGCAAGCAAACCUGGGAGCAGGCGCUUGCACAUAUCAAUCAACUCGCUAAAGGAACAAAUAAAGAAAAGAAGAAGCAGAAAGAAGUGCAGGCAGCUAAAGAAGUUAAACCCAAGGAGCAGAAGAAAACUCAAGUGGAAAAUGAACCACCGGCACUUUCUAAAAAGCAAAGAAAACUAUUGGCUAAACAACAGGCGGAGGAAGAAGAGAAGAAGAAACAGCAGCAAGCGGAAGCGAAGAAGAAAGAGAAGAAACCAGAACCACCGAAACCGGAACCUGUCACCAAGAAAGUGGAAAAGAAGCUAACUGCCAGCGAAAUUAAAGCUGAAGAAAAAGCGAAGAAGAAAGAAAUCAAGAAACAGGAGAAAAUUGAGAAGAAAGGAAAGGAGAAACAGGAAAAAACUGCUCAACCAGCAAAGCAAAAGCAACCAACUCCAGUGCCAAAGAAGGAGAAGAAGAAAGAACAAGAACCGACAGUUAAACAACAAGCCAUACAGAAGCAUAAAGUGCUGACACCAGAUACCACAAUAGAAGUUGUCAAUAAUAAGAGUCCUUGCCCGAGUGAGACAGAGAAGCCCGCAUCAUGCAGCAUCAUGGAGCAACUGAGUAGCGGUGUUCAGGUUGCUGAUUUAAGAUUACCACCAGGAAUAACUCUGACCAGAGUACAACCGAAUGAGAAGAAGGAUACACCGCCUAUUAAUUCUGUGCCGCUGUGGCGCUGCUCAGAGCUGGCAGCGCAGCCAACGCCUCCGCCACGCCCUCCGCCCCUCAUCAAUGCUGACCCCGCCCACGCUGUGUUCACAACACAUAUGCCUGAGCCACCAAAAACUAUAAUAGUACCAGACCCACCUCCAGUUCCGAUUCAAAACAACGCUGGUAAAUCGAAAAAAUCCAAAAAGAAGGCGAAAAAAGCAACAGAAAACGACAUAAAAGAAGACGGUGCCAAAAUGGUGACAUUACGUAACCCAAUGUUCCAUCCAAAUCUACCAACGGUGCAAAUAACUAAUGCACCACCAAAGAAAACUGAAAUAAGAAACCCCGAACCCAUACCAAUGCCACCAACAGCAUGUCAAGCAACGAUAACCCCAACUUCAAAUGGAAUGUACACAAUAAGAAACCCGUUGAUGUCUAUCAUGCAUCAACAAAGUCUUAUGGGUAUACGUAACCAAGUACCACAGACAAAUCAAACAUUGUUUACACAACCUUAUACAUAUAUGAAUCCAAAUGUAUACAAUCCUAUACAAAAUCAAACGCAAAAUCAAUAUGUCAAAGAACAUAUAAACUCACCGAAGAAUCAUGAAAGUGAAUUACAGAAACGAAUUUUAAAUCUAGCAUCGUUCACACAGAAAAAUGAGGGAUAUUCGCUAUUUAGCACACCAGAAGACACGAAUCAAAGGAAUUUCCUAUCACCGGAGUAUUAUGAAGAGAAACCUAAACCUGUUGUAUCACCUAAUCCGAUCGGUACCAGACCGAAUAUGGAAAGGAGUUAUGAAAAUGAAUCUCUAUUUGCAAAUCCAAUACAAAGACCUGAACCUAUCGGUACACCAAGGAAUGAUGAGUUUAAAGGUAGUUUGUACACACCGUUUGGACAGGAAGAUAGAAAUGUGUUUCGUAGUGCAUUGUUUAGUGAGAAAAGUGAUGUAAGUGCAAAUGUAUCAAAAAGUCAAGAUGUUAGUGUUACAAAUAUUCCAAACGGUGAUUCCUUACCAUAUUUCCAACGUCUUCGGGUUGGAUCUAAAUUGAACAGCGAAGUGACUAUACAUCAUGUAACAGAAUCCAAGUUUUAUAAACAGGAUGGUCCACAAGAUGAGGUGCGAGGUGACGAGUCAUUGUUCUCCCGUCGCUCUCCACCCGCCUGGCCUGACACACUGUAUGCUCAUAACCAUACUGGAAUUUCAUCCCCUGUCUCCCCACGGGACUGCGACAAUGGGGUCAUAACCCCUUCACCUCCCAAUGAUGGCCCCGGAGCUAUAGGGGAGGGAGCUCCUAUUGCCAGACAUGAGAACAGCGUGUUCCUCCCGGAUCGUACUAUUACCAAUCUUUCAGCUUUAGAAGUAGCAGACAGAGAGAUUGAAUCGUUCAAGCGAUUCGACUUUUAUUUUGAACCUCCACGACAUAAGCCACGUGUAGCGCUUGAUGUUAACGCUCUAAGACCUGGACAUAAAUAAAACUAAAAAAAAAAACUAUAAUUACGAUAGAUUUUACAAUUCUGACGUUUACAAAAGUAAUUCACGAUUUUACAAAACAAAUUUAAGAUUACGAAACUAAUUCUGUCUUUCACAAAUUUAAUUCAAUCUGUUAUAUUUGAACGUUCUUAUCUUAAUUUGAUAUCAUACAUAUUCCAUACAAACAUUUGUAAUCCAAAAGCAUCAAUAGCUUAAUGGUUAAGGGUACGGAUUUCCGAUCAUAUAAUCGAGAGUUCAAAUCUCGCGAUUAGACUAUUGUAAACCAUAUCCUAGCACAAGCUUACAGCUUAUUUAUAAUAGUAAAAGAAAUAUUAGUAAAUUUACACAAAAAUCUGCUAAUAUUUAAAAAAGAAAUGUCUAUUUUCAAAUUAAAGUGAUGCUUCAUACAAAGCUUGCUCUCAUACACAUCUUACAUGCAAACUUUAAAUAUGACUUUGUGUGAUUUUAUUUAAAAACACUGUAUAAACAAAAUUAGUUCUUAUUCCUGUUGUUACUUGGUAAAUUGUCAUUAUUUCGUUUUAAGUUAUGUAAAGACGUGUAAGUUUAUUUUAUUAUGUAAUUAUCAUUUAAAAAAUAGUAAUUUUAAAUUAAUUUAUGUGACGAAAUCGAAAAAGAAACUUGUCGAUGACAAAUACAGUCAAACCUAGUA